UAACAUCUCCGCACAUUCCUGCUCGACCUCGCCGUGGGAAGGUCGCUCUUACUUGCUGCUAUGCAGAGUGGCCGAUAGCGAUACCUAACCCAAGCACUGCAAUUUCGUGGCGACCGCAACCGAGAAAGGGACGGGCGAAUAUACAGUCAGGGUCCAGCCUGUUUUCAGACUGAACCCCGUCGCUGAAACUUUAUUUUUGUAACAGCCUCCGUGUGUACAUUUUCACAUACGCGGGCGCUCCGCGCAAGUUCGAAGAGUCAGACUCCGUCCUAACUUUUUAGGUGUAAAAGCCCAAAAAACAAAAACAAACAAACAAACAAAAAAAAAACACCCGAACCGCGGCUCCAAUGGAACCUACGAGAUGAUUUUAAUUUCUUUCCUUUUUUUUCGUUUUUAUUUUUUGGCACCUACCUCCGAGGUUGCUCCGGUCGUCGAUACCAGCUUGGAACGGAGCAGAACCGCAAGUUUACGCUCCUGAGCGACGGACUCGCCUUUCUGAGUUGCGGCGGCUUUUUUUAAAUCGGUUUGCGUUGUGUUGUUUCUACUUUUGCAAUUACAUUUUUUAAACCAUUGUGGAUUACUUCUUAGCGAUAUUUUUUUUAAAAAAAGGAACAUUCGUGUUUUGCUUAUAACCAUGAAAAGGAGAGAGAUUCUGAAAAUGUUUCUCUACAAGAGUAUCUGAACCGUGGGGUCCGAGACGCGCACCACUUGUUUUUUGCAGAGAAAGUGGACCCGAUUAAAUACUGGUUAUUGUCCUGAACGGGAGCCGGGUGCAGCGGCACAGGAUACAGCAGGAAUAAACAAAAAGGGUUUUUUAUAUAUAUAUAUAUUGAUCUAUUGGAUUUAAAAACUAUUUUAACGUGCAAAUAUGCCGCAGUUGAACGGAGGCGGUGGGGAUGAUUUGGGGGCGAACGACGAGAUGAUCCCCUUUAAAGAUGAAGGGGAGCAGGAGGAAAAAAUCUCCGAAAAUGUUUCGGCGGAGAGGGACUUGGACGACGUAAAAUCCUCGCUUGUGAACGAGUCGGAAAAUAACAGCAGUUCGUCAGAUUCUGAGGCGGAGAGGCGCCCUCAACCCACAAGGCAGGACUUGGAAAAUUACGAGAAAGCUAGAGAGUACUUUAGCGAAGCUUUAAGAAGACAGCAAGAUGGAGGAUUUUUUAAGAGUCCUCAUUAUCCUGGAUAUCCGUUUCUAAUGAUCCCGGAUCUCUCAAACCCUUACCUCUCCAGCGGCUCCCUCUCCACCGGCGCUAGAACGUACCUGCAGAUGAAAUGGCCGCUCCUCGAUGUUCCCGGCUCAGCCGGACUGAAGGACUCCAGGGCAUCAACACCUGGACACUUGUCGAACAAGGUCCCGGUGGUGCAACACCCCCACCACAUGCACCCCCUGACCCCCCUCAUCACCUACAGCAACGAACACUUCUCCCCGGGCACCCCCCCCUCCCACCUCUCUCCAGAGAUCGACCCAAAGACAGGUAUCCCGAGGACGCCCCACCCCUCAGAACUCUCGCCCUACUACCCGCUGUCCCCCGGCGCUGUGGGGCAGAUCCCGCACCCUCUGGGGUGGCUGGUACCGCAGCAGGGCCAGCCCAUGUACUCGAUACCUCCGGGGGGGUUCAGACACCCCUACCCAGCUCUUGCAAUGAAUGCGUCCAUGUCGAGUUUGGUGUCCAGUCGCUUCUCCCCCCACAUGGUGUCCCAUCACCCACACAGUCUUCACCAGACGGGCAUCCCUCACCCUGCCAUAGUCUCGCCCGCCAUCAAGCAGGAGCCCAACCAGGGCCACCUGAGCCCCUCCAUGCACCCGAAGUCUCCCGCGCCCCUAAAAAAAGAGGAGGAAAAGAAACCACACGUGAAGAAGCCACUCAACGCGUUCAUGCUCUACAUGAAGGAGAUGAGGGCCAAAGUGGUGGCAGAGUGCACGCUCAAGGAGAGCGCAGCCAUCAACCAGAUACUGGGCAGACGGUGGCACUCCCUGACACGAGAAGAGCAAGCCAAGUACUAUGAACUGGCGCGCAAAGAACGGCAGCUCCACUCGCAGCUCUACCCUGGCUGGUCAGCACGAGAUAACUACGGCAAAAGGAAAAAGAGGAAGAGGGAAAAGCAGCAGCCAGAUGGAGAGCCAGAAGAUCAAUUCUCCUCGCGGAACAAGAAGCCGUGUGCACAGUACGUGCCUCCUGAGAAGACGUGCGACAGCCCGGCCUCGUCCCACGGCAGCAUGCUGGACUCUCCCGCCACUCCCUCCGUGGCCCUGGCCUCUCCUGCUGCCCCCGCGGCCACACACUCGGAGCAGGCACAGCCGCUGUCCCUGACCACCAAACCAGCGGGUCAGGCGCACCCCCCUCCCCACCACUUCUCUCUGUCCAGCAAGCCCCGAGGCCCCUCUCCUUCCUCCACCCAAACCGGCCUCUCGCUGUCAGUUGGCUCUCCGGGCAGCCAAUCUCCGCAUAUCCUGUCGCGGCCAAUCCCCUUCAGCUCACUCCAACACGCCAUGUUGACUCCUCCCGCUUCCUUUCAUCAGGCAGCCCUCCAUUCCCACCAUGCAUUGCUCCAGUCCCAGCCGUUGUCCUUGGUAACCAAAUCAGCUGACUAAAAAAAGAGAAUUAAUGUUUUUUUUUAAAUGCUGUAUAUUGCUUUUUACAUUAAUAGUUAUUAUUAAAGGACAAAAUUUUAAAAAAAUUACUGAAAGGAAGUUUUUUUUUUUUUAUUAUUGGUCAAUAUUUGACCACCAACUCCAAUUUUUUUUUUUUUGUGUAAAGUUUACCACAGUUCAUGAACGGGAUGUUUUUCUUGUAUUUUUGUUUCUUUUUAAAUGCAUUUAUCCAACAGACUAUGUAGAAAAAGAAAUGUUUUCUAAAGGUUUCUUUUUAAUUUAGUUAAUCUUCGGGAGGCUAGUUGGGAGUUUUAUUUCCAGUACUGAGUGUGUGAACAAUCUUGAGAGACGUGUUCAAUAAACCUUGAAAUCCUCUUUUGUAAAA